AUGUCGCAAACUGAUCCUGCAAAAGAAGAAACAAUAUCUGAAUAUCGAUUGCACUACAAAGAAUAUAGACAAAUUCAUUCAGCUGGUUUUGAUGAAACACAUACAGCCAUCGACUGGUAUAUGCAAAAUAAUUUCGUUUAUCGUAUAAUAAAUGAAGUUUUUUACACAGAAAAUAUGAAUACAUUGUUUAAAUUUCGGUAUUUUAUUAACGACCUACAUAAUGAAAUAAGGAAGUCACAUACUCGAUUCGUUGCAACAUUACCGGCUGAACAAGACCAUCUUAUGGUUUAUCGAGGACAACUGAUGACCAUUAAUGAUUUACAAAAGUUGAAAGCUAAUACUGAUGGUUUUAUUUCAAUAAAUUCUUUUCUAACAACGACACGCUUAUUGAAUACUGCACGUACAUAUGGUGGUGAUAGUUCAAAUCAAUUGGUAUACAAUGUUGUAUCUGUUAUAUUCAAAACAGAUAUCGAUGUGCGUAAUACUGUUAAAAAGCCAUUUGCUAAUUUAAAUUCAAAUGAUAAAAAUGAGAUUAUAUUUUCGAUGGGUGCUGUAUUUAAAAUUCACUCUGGUAAACCGUUGACUAGUAAUUUAUGGUCUGUACGUCUUAGUUAUGGCAAAAAUGGAGAUAUGGAAUUAGAUGCGUCAAUAGAGGAACAUUAUAUGGAUAUAAUGGGUGAAUCUGUACACAACCUAACAUUUGGCACCUAUUUAUCCAUACCAGAUGAAUUUGAUAAAGCCGAAUAA